GACGAUGAUAAUAAAAAGUCUUCGGAAAGAAGAAAUCCUGCUGAAAUAACAGAGAUACCGAACAGAUCAGGGUAGGGGGAUACGUUUGGUAAACGCGUAAUUCGCUGCACGCGCACUUUUUUCGGUACACCGCAAUUUCUCAUGGCUUUCCCCGGGCGAAGAGCCGACCGUGAAGCCGGAUAGGUGGGCGAGCGCAACGAGCGAAACGUCAAAUGCCGAGUUGAACGCGACCUUUGUCUGCUCGUGACAUCUUCGUAACGCGAACGAGUUCGAGCUUCGCAACUGGUUGCCCCGGCCGAGGUUCUUGCCAGCGGCGUAACGAGCGUUUUGCGGUGGGAAAAGUGAUAGUCGCGCUUUGGCAACCUCCGCUUGAGAUUUGCCUUCGACAAAGGUAUGCCGUUCGAUCGUGUGCUCCGCGGCGAUUCUUCGUUACGCGAUGACGCGCACAGAGGUCGAACAAGAGGGUGAAGGAGGCGGGCGGAAGAGUGGGGGAAAGCGCCUCCGUCAAAGGCCGGUGCGAGCAAGAAGACACACGAUGGCUGUGCGUGACAUUUUUGUAAUGAAAGGAAGCCAAACGUACGCGACGCGGUCUUUCAGUACGGCAGACAUCUGGUCCGGUUGCCUGGCAGCUUCCUCUUGGUUGCCCGUUCUAAUAUUGGAAAUUGCGUUCCUAUCCGGCCGCGCGGGCGUGCGCCAUCUCCUCUCCGACCAACACCGUACCAUGUGCAGGACAUAUGUAUAAACACAAGCGCAGUCUGCCACGAUGGCGAAGUCGUUUCCUUUGAAACGUGUUCGCGAUCGAUCCAAACCUACUCUUUGUCGUCUGCUUUGUCUUAGCUAACUUGCACAAGGACUUACGCGUCCUUCGCUCGUUCCAUGAUCGUUGCUCUCUCCAGGGAAAGCGUAGCGGAGAAACGCGAACGAGAAUCCUUCGAUGCGGCGCGGUUCGAUCGGGAAAAAAAGCGUACGUGAGCUCGCGUUCGUAUCCCCGUGCGCACAACACAGCUGCGCGCAAUUACCGACGGUAGAGCCUUGGAUUUUCUGCCAUGGCACGUAUAUCGUUUUCCACCGACUCUGCGCUCUUGUUUGCUUAACUAAGCGUCUUAACGAAUUGCCGCGGCCGCGCAUCUACCUCCGGCCUCUCUUCCUCCUCUCUUCCUCUCUUUUCUCUUGCUUUUCUGAAACGCCGAUCGAUUCCACCCACGUCGACUCGCGAUGUUCGAUAGAUCGAAAAGGCCAGCUACGAAUACUCGGGAUGGAUAUUUCGAGGUAAUUACUCUCGACAGAGUCGGCCAGCGAUACGUAUAUACGUGGAAACACUUGCGACUUGCGACAACCGGGUCGCGUAAAUUGCAGACAUCUGUAACAACAGAAGGAGAGAUGGGCCGUGACGGCGAUUAAAAUUAUCCGAGCCAUCUGUCGCGAUAAAGGUCGGUCGACAGGUUGAGCGUGUUACGCGCUUUCCAGCGAGACGCGCUCAACCAUCGCGUUCGUAGGAUUUCGCGCGCGCGAUCCACGAAUAUCGUUCGUGAACCGAUCGACGCACCGAUACCGUUUCCAACGAUAUGCAAUCGUACACGGCAUCGCGUUGCCGUAGAGCGGUACGCGCUACUCGCAAACCGCUCCCACCUCCGGUAUCCCCGACUCGCCGCGCGUCCCUCGUUACGGUCAACGUGGAAAUUAAUCCGGAUAAUUACUUUUCUGCAACGCUCGAAAACUUUGCCCGGACGUUAAAGCGCCGCGUAGGUCGAUCGCUGGCGUCGCCGUGUUAAUUUCAAUGAAAUUCUAUGGCGUAGAAGCAGUUUGCUCCAGGCGAUCGACGAUGCCGUUAAUUUAUUCGGCAAUUCGGCCGAUGAUCGCGAUCGGGGGCUCGUUAUCGUUUUUACGAUUCGCGUGGAGAAAAGCGGUGGUGUCGACCAAUCGGCGACUUUCGUCGUUCGUUUCCUCUUUGCAUUUCGCGUUAAUAACGUGACCAUGUGCUACCCCGAAGGCAGUCCUGCGUCUACGGUUACACUCUAGGUUCCAUUUCGAUGUCCCACUUUCCGAAUUGCGAAACAUCGCGACUAUAGGCUUCCCUUUUUACCCUCGACAAUCGGAAAAGAUGUUGUAGAAAUUUAUGUGGACGAGUUUCGUUUCGACACGGAAACGCUUGACGACGAUAGUCCCUGUAUUCUCCGUUUAAUCGCACGCUUAAUGGCCGUUAUUUAUUCGGUUCGCCGCUCUGCAACGUUCAAUUAUUUGGAUAUUCAGAGCGAGUCGUCGAAUUGCCGAAUCGCGAUAGAUCCUGGCUGGUUUGUAAAACUGCCGCUUCCAUUAAAAUCGGUCAUCGGUAUGCGUGGUCGGCUGUUAGUUGCUGAGCACGUACGCGAAAUAUGCGACCGUCGAAGCACGGCGCGAUGCGACGCGGCGCGUCGAAGUAAUCGCAAAGUGGAAUCGAUCAAAUACGAAUCGCGGUCGGACGCGUGAUCGCCCGCCUGUGUCUUCGGCUUGGUUCCUUCUCCGACCACCGCAGGGCUUUGCCGAACGCGUUCGACGCGCCGACCGAUUCUAGCCUUAGAUAGCUCGCGGCUAUUUUUCCGCUUUUCGGCAAGGAGUCGGGUGACGAGAGCAUGAAGGUGGAGGAUGGAAUGGCAACUACCAGUACCCCCCUGCACAAGGUGAAGGAAGAGGUCAAGGAAUAUAUCGGUUACCAACAAUCGUCGGAAGCGUCGUCAGCAACGACGACAGCGACAACAACGAUGACGACGCCAACGACGAUAACGACCGCGGCCACGAAAACAACGACCACGACGACGAGCAUGACGACGACGACGACGACGACGACUACGACGGCGACAACGUCAACGUCGUUGGCAACCGUCGCGAGCAUCGUAACGGUGCCCAACUCGAGCACGAUCGUCAACGGUACCGGCGGCGUAGUUCCGAACGUCGCUACCACUCCACCGACCACGACUACCGUACCGAACGCAUCAUCACCAGCGACCACCUCUACACUGCACCAAUCUACCGGCGUAGUUUGUCAUCUAUCGGUGCCAGCGUCUUCCGUCCUGGUCAACGCCGAUCCUUUUCCCGUCGAUCUCGACCUCAAGACCAAGAUCAAGGUGUCCUCGGCAGCCAGGGACAAGGUCUCGCGAGAAGAUGCACAACCGGAAGUUCACUCGCCCUGCUCUCAUCAUCAAAAGAUUUCAACCGCGGUACCGACAAUCGGACAACCGAAACAGAGCAACGGCACGCCUCGAGCAGAUCACAAAGGAACAACGAUCGUUGUUUGCUCGGCGUCCUCCGACAGCGGUAGUCCUUUACCCUCGCACUACCUCAAACCCGAAUCGGAGGACGCGACUGGAUCCGCUGGAAGCAGCGGUACCGGCGGUGGCAGUGGCAGCGUGGGUAGCAGCGGUGCAAGCGCUAACGGAUCCGUGGCCAACUGCAGGACGGAAGAGCAAAGCGAUGUACCUGCACCGUCCAACAGCAACGGCAGCAACAGCACCACCACCGCUACUACUAGCACCGGCAACAGAUGCAUCGCCGGUGUUUUCGCCGGUCACGGUGAGCUCAAGAGCGUGCUCGGUACCGUCGUGAAAUUUGCUACGGGCAUCUCUCCUGACACCGGCGACACUGUGCUUACCCUGGUGUUGGCGCUUCUGAGCGGCACUAUGACCGCGGAAGAAUUUCACUCGGCCCUCCAGGAAGCGACCAACUAUUCUCUGAAAGGUUUCGUCCUACCGCAUCUGAAGCAACAAUUGCCAUCCUUGCAGAGAGAUUUGAGCAACGCUGCCAGAGCAACCAACCAAAGUUGCGCGCAAUUCUUGCGAUCGAACGAGGCGGCGGUUCUGGAAGCUGUCGGUUUGGUGACCGCGUCGGACCACGUCGAGAUCUUCGGAGAGUACGCCGGUAACGGAACUGCAAGUGGAAACGGCGGCAAUCAGUGUCCUGCUCAUUACGGCAUACGAUCCAAUUCCAACCCUGGUAUUGGCGCCAUUCAGCACACGAACAACACUACGCCCGGUUUCCAUCAUUAUUCCAGCGGCACAUCGCACGCACCGAAACGACGCGCCUCCGAUACACCGUAUUACGAGAACGGUGCCGCUCUCCUAGAGGACGUUCCGGUCUAUGGAAAGAGAUUGACGAAUCCAUGGAGUCAUCAUCAUCCGCCGCAACCGCAACAGCAACCGUCUGGCGACGGUUCCUCCCCUUAUUGCUGGUAUCAUCCGCUUCAUUCAUCGAGUGGAUCGAUUCAAGGUCUCGGACAUCGUCAUGCUCACGGUCACGGUCACGGUCACGGUCACGGUCAAACUCACGGCCACGCUCAUGGUCAUGGCCAGGGUGAUGGUUCUAGCUCGAUACCGACUAGUUCCGUGCAAAUCAAUCAGAUGAACGCGUUCUCCGGCCCUCAUCACCUAGCUCGGCAACAGCAGCAGCAACAAAUAAGUCACGUGCAAACGCAAAACGGAAGCCUGGACGACGAAUGGAAGAACAUUCAUAUGAUGUUGAACUGUAUUCUUGGUAUGGUGGAAAAGACGAAGAAAGCUUUGGCCAUACUACAGACUCGUGGGUGUUUCGCAGCGUCGACGCCGGCGCCUCCCUUAGCGGCCACGAGCACUGUACCAGCUCAGAAUGGCGGCAGUACUGGUACCACUGUUGCCGGUAACAAUCCAUCAUCGACCAACGGUUCACAGGUAGAAUCUUCGACGGGCGAUCGCGAGGGUAGCUUGAAACGAUUAUCCGGCGAGAUCGUGGCUCAGACGAUCAGAGCGAUCGAGGAUAAAGUGGCGGAAGUGAAGAGGAAAGACGAAGAAGCCGUGAAGAGGGCCGUGAUGGCCGAGGUACAGCGUGCCGUGAGAGUGGCGGUAGCCGAGUCUAGAGCGACCGAACGCCUACGAGUUCAUCGAAUGCUGGAUGUUCCGUUGUCUCAAAGAAAUCACGGCAGCGGCCUUCGCCAAGGAUCGUACCUUCGAGUACAUGGUAACCAUGGAGCGGUCGAUGCGAACGCUAGGACCGUUGCCACCACGCCGACCAAUUCCGUUUCCAACUCGAUUCCGUCGAUCAGCGAAGACGAAAAGGAAGCAGCGACGCAAUUGCAAACCGUCUCGGGAUCUAGUUGUUGGAACUGUGGCAGACCAGCGUUGGAAACAUGCGGUGGCUGCGGAAUAGCGCGAUACUGUGGCUCUUUUUGUCAACAUCGAGACUGGGAGGCCGGAGGUCACCACGCGACGUGUAACAAUCCUCCGCCUCGCGAACCUCGAAGAUCCGCGUCUCGCAGCCCGCCAAGAAUCGCUAGCGUGAACGAGGCGAACGUCGCCGCACCGAUACCGGCCAGCGGCGCGACCAAAGGGAAGUGACGUUACGACAGCAACUACUAUCGAUUCCGACGAUUCACUAGACCGGUCCAAUACGAUUCGCGUUAAUGUUAACGGCGAUUAUACCGCCAGACACCGCGCGCUCGCGAUACAUACGCUCCUUCCUCUAUGUCGAAUCAUACAUCUUCGCUGCCCCUUCCCCAUUUCUACUGGUUUAGCUACUUGGUACAGACCACAUGCCACUCGGUUGCGUUUCUGUUUGAAAACUAUUACUACCGUUGCAUAUUUCUACGAGUCAAAGUUGCGUAUAUUUUCCGAAAUUCAUUCGUCGGUAACAUUGUCAAACUAAAGGGUUGAAGCAUUUCCUUGAGUAUCUACAAAUGCAAAGUUAUGGGAACAGUACGUCAUGCGGAUAAAACGGAAAUUUUUCCUCUCUAUGAUCGUAGGUGUAACCGUUGGUCGAAUUUCUUCUUUAGGAUAGUACGUGUAACGGUUUGUUGUAUUGCUAUUUGAUCGAAGCGACAAAGUAGAGAUAAAUAAUACAAAGUGUAUAUAUGUAUAUUUCGGAUCGUAGAUGGUUCGAAUAAAGGAUCACUUUAAAUAUUGCAAAUACCGAAUAUAAGAAUAGUGCCGAUUCUUGCUAUAUUUCGAUAAUUCGUACGGCGAAGGUACGAAUAAAAAUUGAAAGACAAACGAAAUAAUGCCGCCCAAACAGCAAACGAUCCCAUAAACGUAAUUUUUAUGAUACUACGUGAUUUUACGCUACCAAAGAAACAAGAAAAUAAAAUACCAAAAAUGAUAACAAAAUAACAAAGAAAAUGACGACAUGUUAUACGCUCUCUAGGUCUCUACGAACAUGUAGCACAAAGAAACAAUUACCUUUAACGCGGGGUAUUUCGCGUGUUUCAUCGAAAUUAGUUUAGGAUAAUUUUCCGUUAUUGAUCCACGAUCGUUAUGUUUUAUUCGUCUUAGAGCCGUAAUAUAAGUAACACGAAACGUGGUGUAAUACAUUCAAUUUUCCUCUUCUUUUACCAAAGUCGAUGUACCGCGUAAAGUAGUGCACUAUCGAUCUUUCUCCUAGUCAAUUGAUAGAUUAAUACGAUGUUUUAUUUUAUACGCGUAACAGUGUAUAAACGCAUGUAUACGUUUACGAGUCUAGUCAUUGUCGAGUCGGGAGAUAAAACGAGUUUAUCAGUCGUGCGCGCGUUAGGAGAGGACUUUGCUCAAAUCUAGACUACGAAUCGUUGUAUGUUUUUCUAGCUGUAUUAAGUUGCAGGGAUGUAUGAUGGAUACUAUAGAUUGUAUUUACGAAUUAAGAAAAUACAUGAUUAUUCUGUGUCAUAAUGCUUAAAGAA